GGAUUUAGACGCGAUUCAUUAUGAUGAUAUCAUUCAAUUCUUGGAAAAUAGUGUACGCGAAUUAAAUACUUUAUUACCAAAUUAUCAUAUUCCACUUGUAGUUUGUUCAAAGAUCGAUUCUACAAACUUAAUGUUAGACUGUAUUCAUGCUGGUGCAACUGAUUAUUUAUUAAAGCCCUUAUUUACGAAUGCUAUUAAAACUUUAUUUCUGAGAUUACAUACAUGUAAAUUUGAUAAGACUAGUGUAAAUUCAUCUCAAAGUACAACUUUAUUAUCAUCGUCAAACUUGUUAUUUCAACCCUUUAUGAACGAAACGAAUUUAAAGAAUACUCAAAAACGAUCAUCGGAACUUAAAUUAAAGAUUUCAAGCUGGGAUUUUAGUCCUUUCGAUUUAAAUCAAUCAGAGCUAAUUCAUUGCGCAAAUCUUAUAUUUGAGCAAGUCUUGACAUUAGAAGAAUUAAAGGAUAUCACAUUAACAAAAGAUGUAUUACAAUGUCUCUAUUUUAUACUGUGUAAAUUAGGCUUAUUAUCAUUCUCUUAUAACUCGAGUAAAAAGCCUAAAAGGCAUAGUUUACAAAACAUGUUAAAACCAAAGCAUCUAUUUGCCCUCUUGAUUGCCGCUAUUGGACAUGACGCUGCUCAUCCUGGUGUCAAUAAUAUGUUUUUGAUUAAUUCAUCAAACCCUCUUGCCACUCUGUAUAAUGAUCGAUCUGUACUCGAAAGUUUACAUUCUAUGACCUUAUUUCAACUAUUAAAUAAGCAUGGAAUUAUUCAACUUAUGGGUAAUCCUCAUUCAGGAGAUUAUAAAGAGUUUAGAAAGAUUAUUAUUUCUAGUAUUUUAUCAACAGACAUGUCGCUCCAUUCAGACUAUUUAACAAAAAUUCAACAAAAAUUACCUCAAGAAGAUGUGUUUAUACUAUGUUCAGCAUUGAUCAAAUGUGCGGAUAUUAGUAAUGUUGCACGUCCCUUUCAUUCUGCUGCUCAAUGGGCUCAUCUACUUGUAGAGGAAUUCAUUUCUCAAGGUGAUCUUGAACGUGAGUUGGGUAUACCUGUGAUGCCCAUGAAUGAUCGUGAUAAAGUAAUCCUUGAGGAUUCUCAAAUUGGAUUUAUUGAAUCCAUUGCUCUUGAUUUAUUUCAGAGUGUACAUAGUCUAUUUGAUGAUAUUUCAUUUGCUAUAGAUCAGAUACAGGCAAAUUUAAAACAGUGGAAAACAUAUAAAAAUCAAAGUUUACUCUCUAAUUCAGGGGUAAUAAUGGAAACUGAAGACACAGAAAUGAUAGUUUGGAGCUUUAUUUUAACACACCCCAUAAAGAUGUCUAUAAUAAACGAGUUACAAUAGAAAAAAACCAUACGCCUUGUCUUAACUCAUCAUCAUUACAUUAUCAUCAAAUAAAAUUAGAAGACGACAGUAUGUUAACUGAAGAAAGGCUACAAAAAAACAAU